UUUUAUUUUUAAUCAGGCGCUGUGUGGUCAUCUUACAGGAAAAGAAACAUUUGGGGUCCUUUUGCUUCACGUGCGCUGUCUGCCAACGUGAACAACCAUGCCCAAGUCAAAGAGAGACAAGAAAAUUUCGUUAACGAAAACCACGAAGAAAGGAUUGGAGUCGAAGCAGAAAUUAAUUGAGGAGUUAAGAAAAUGCGUGGACACAUACAGGAACCUGUUCAUAUUUUCUGUUGAAAAUAUGAGGAAUAACAAGUUAAAAGAUAUCCGGACAGCAUGGAAGCACAGCAGAUUCUUCUUUGGCAAAAAUAAAGUCAUGAUUGUAGCUUUGGGGAAAGGAAGUCCAGAUGAAUACAAAGACAAUUUGCACAAGGUCAGCAAGUUUCUGCGAGGGGAAGUUGGGGUUCUCUUCACAAACAAAACAAAGGAUGAAGUAUAUGAAUACUUCAGUCAUUUCAAAGAGAUGGAUUUUGCCCGCGCUGGAAACCAAGCUCAGAUGGACGUAACGCUGGACGAGGGACCUCUUGAGCAGUUCCCACACUCAAUGGAGCCUCAGCUAAGACAGCUGGGGCUUCCCACUGCCCUCAAGAAGGGAGUGGUAACGUUGCUGAAAGACUACGAAGUCUGCAAAGAAGGAGACAUCCUAACUCCUGAGCAGGCUCGGAUUCUGAAACUUUUUGCCAUCGAGAUGGCAGAAUUCAAAGUGAAGAUCAAAUGUAUGUGGAAUUCAGAAACAACGGAAUUCCAGGGCUUGGCUGGUGAGGAGGAACCAGAGCUGGACGACCAUGACGACGACGAAGAGGAUGAGGAUGCAGAAUAGUGGGGAUGACUUCACCUCCAAGUCAUUCAUGCCUGCUUUGAAAAGCAGAGGGACAAUUAUUUUACUAAGUUCCUGUGCCGCUGUACACACAUCUGAGUCCGGACUUCUCUCCGUUUUUAAUUUCAUUCAAUGAAAGUAAAGUAAGCAGUUAUUAGCAUCAAGAAGUGGUUGAGUCCAUGUGAUUGUGCUUAUGCAAACCGAGUUUUCAAUGUGGUUCAUCAAAGCUCCCAAUAAAUGUCUGUUUUCACCGAU